CUUUCCUUCACUCUCCUGCUGGCUGGCCAGCUCGCUGCCGGCCACAGUGUCAUUACCGACGCUGUUGGUGACUCUGGCGGUUCUGGAAUGGCUCUCGGUGUUGACACCAGCACCCCUCGUGACGGAACCAACCGCCGCCCCUUCCAGCAAGAUGCCACUCGCUUCCAGGGAGAUGCUGAGGACACUGUUGGCGAGACCCUCGGUGGAGGUGACAACGAUGUCGAGGCCGGUACUUCGGCAAUCAUGGCCGAGACCGGCGACUCCCUCCCGCAGGUCACCCCCGGCGGUGAAGUCACCAUGACUCUGCACCAGGUCAACAGCGACGGUGCAGGACCAUACACUUGCAUGAUCAACGACGACGGAACCGCACAGAGCUGGACCGCAAUUCAGGUCACCCAGAACGUCGCGGGCAACGAGCGCGGCCGCAACCGUGACGGCGAGACCCAGGACUUCCCGUUGACGGCCGCCAUCCCGGCUGACCAGACCUGCACCGGAACUGUUGCUGGCCAGGACAAUGUUUGCCUCGUCCGUUGCCAGAACCCAGCUCGUGCAGGUCCCUUUGGCGGUGUCGUCCCUGUUCAGAUGGUUAACGCUGGAGGUGCCGCCGGUAAUGGCACUGAGGCGGCUGCUGGCAACGGUACUGCUGUGGAUGCUGGCAACAACAACGCCGUGGACGCUGGUAACAACAACGCCGUGGACGCUGGUAACAACAACGCCGUGGACGCCGGUAACAACAACGCUGUGGAUGCUGGCAACAACGCCGCGAACGGCGGCAACAAUGCUGUGGACGCUGGCAACAAUGCCGCGAACGGUGGCAACAACAAUGCUGUGGAUGCCGGUAACAACAACGCUGUGGAUGCUGGCAACAAUGCUGCGAACGGUGGCAACAACGCUGUGGAUGCUGGCAACAAUGCCGCGAACGGUGGCAACAACAAUGCUGUGGAUGCCGGUAACAACAACGCCGUGGAUGCUGGCAACAAUGCCGCGAACGG